AUGUCACUUACUCCUUUCGAAAAAGCAGCCAGUGGAGCGUUGGCGUCUGCCAUUGCAAAUACCCUCGUUUAUCCCUUAGAUCUCAGCAAGACGUUGAUCCAGACUCAGGUUAAACCGAGGGCUAUUGGGAUGAACCCUUCGGACUCCACAGCGUCAAUAGCUUCGGAUACCUCGGAUCCCGAAGAAAGUGUUUGGCACCAGAAGCAGGGAAAGGAUGGUCAGUUGCGGUACAAGAGCACCGUGGACGCGUUGGCUCAGAUAUACAAGAAGAAAGGCAUUUUGGGGUGGUAUCAUGGACUCAUCUCAUCAAUUUUGGGUUCGGCGGCGCAAAAUUUCAGUUAUUUUUACUGGUAUACAAUCGUCAAACGAGUUUACGCUCGUAUAAACAAACACAUUCCCAAUCAUCGACCAGGAACAGCCACAGAGUUGUUUUUGGGAGCAUUGGCUGCGGCCAUUUCUCAACUUUUCACCAUGCCAAUUGGUGUCAUCACCACCCACCAACAAACAGAUAAACACCACAAGGGCUUAGUGCAGUUGACAAGAGAAAUCUUGGAACACGACGGUAUCUCCGGCUUGUGGAAGGGAUUGAGGGUGUCACUUGUGUUGUGUAUCAACCCUUCCAUCACCUAUGGAUCGUAUGAGAGAUUGAAGCAAAUUAUUUAUGCAAACAAGGAAUAUUUGGGUCCUUUGGAAAGUUUCAGUAUUGGAGUCAUUGCCAAGUCUAUGGCAACACUCGCUACACAGCCAUUGAUUGUUUCUAAGGCCAUGUUGCAAAAAAAGUCACAUGUCAAGCCCGGUGAAAUUGAUGAUGGAGAUGUCAAAUUCGACAAUUUCCAAGAUGCAUUGGCCCAUUUGUGGCACACAGAGAAACUUGCUGGCUUAUACAAGGGCAUAGCUCCCCAAUUGGUCAAGGGAGUGUUUGUUCAAGGUUUAUUAUUCAUGUUCAAAGACCAGAUCGACUUGGUAUUUUUGUCGUUGUUGAAGAUUGCAAAGAAAAAGUAG